AUGAAGCUCUUUGUGUUGCUGCUCCUCUGCCUUGCAGGCCUGGCCCCCGCCAGCUGCAGCUUGCUGCAGUUUGGUUCAAUGAUUAAACUCAAGACUGGGAGAUCGGUGCAGUCCUACUUGGGUUACGGCUGCUACUGCGGCGUGGGGGGAUCCAAACAACCACUGGAUGCCACCGACAGGUGCUGCCAUGCCCACGACUGCUGUUACAGGAGGCUGACUUCCUUGAGCUGCAAUCCCAAGCUGGUCACCUACAAAUACACCGUCUUGGGAAGUCAGAUCGUCUGCGAAUCGGGGACUUCGUGCCAGAGACAGAGCUGCGAGUGCGACCGGCGGGCGGCAGAGUGCUUCCAAAGGACAGCCAAGACCUACAACAGUGUCUACAAGAAUUACCCCAACAUUCUGUGCAAGGGCCUAACUCCCUCCUGCUAG